AAAAGCCUGCUGAAUUGGUGUGUGUAGAGGGAGUCUGUAGGGGUUCAUUACUUUAAUUGGCUGGGAUAAACAGGGGUAUCCACCAUCACCCACUAUACAUCAGCCAGGGGGAGGAUAAAGCCUCUGGUGGAAGAUGGGGCUAUGUUUUAGCACCCUGGCAUCAUGCACAGACCCAGGGAACCCUAUAAACACAUCUAGAAAUUUGCCUGAGUGAUCACAGAUUGCCUGAAAUUGGAUUGAAUAGAAUCUUUUUCUGUUUAAGUAGCAAAGGGCGUCAGCUACUGGCGGCUUCAGGCGCACAUGACAUCCAUCAAACCUGAGUGAGGACCCAACGAGGAUGGAAGAAGUGACCCUCAGAAGCACCACUGUCACAAAUAAGGAGGUGUUUGAGUGGUUCAAAUGGGAUAGUAUUGGAGCAGCGUGUGACCCGAAAUGCGGGAGCUGCAAGUGCAGUAAGUGCCCUCCGGGAGGCAAAGAGAUGACCCUUGGAGAAGAAAAGGACUUGGAAAAGAUAAAGGACUGCCUCUCUUAUGUGCUAGCGGACAAACACAGCGACGCCCCGCACUGGGAUGCGGCCUACCCAUGGAAAGUAAGCCCAGCGAUUCUGCCAGACAACCGCCGAGCAGUAGAAGCAACCUUCCUGAACACCGAGGCUCGGCUGGGAAGAGAACCUGUGUGGAAAGCGGCAUAUGGAGCGCAGAUCCGCAAGAUGGUAUCAAGAGCAGCCAUCGAGCUCACGAAGGAAAAGAUCAAGGGCUGGAACGGCCCAUUCUGGUACAUCAGCCAUCUGGUUGCCCCGAAUCCUCAUUCUAGCUCAACGCCAGUGAGGAUAGUCUGGAACAGUAGCCAGGAGUUCAAAGGGUUGAGCCUGAACAACCUCCUGCACAAAGGCCCUGAUGUCCUCAACUCGAUCCGAGGUGUCCUGCUUAGAUUCAGGAGCAGAUUGUAUGCUGCUCUUGGCGAUGUAAAGAAAAUGUAUAAUUCCAUGUGGCUGAAGGACGAGGAGGUCCAUCUCCAUCGAUUCCUCUGGAGGGAUAACCCCGAAGAUGAAAUCGGUGUGUUUGCCGUUGUCAGAGUCAACAUCGGUGACAAGCCUGCCGGAUGCAUCGCUCAGGUUGCCAUGAGAGAGACGGCAAACCUGCCUCAGUUCACAUCCAUGGUUGAAGAACGUCGGAUCCUGACAGAGGACUGUUAUGUGGACGACAUCUUGACGUCGCAUGAUGAUCUUCAAACUCUGAUUAGGAUGACCGAAGGAGUGGAAGAGAUUCUAAAAGCAGGUGGCUUCGCCCUCAAGCCCUGGGUCCUGACAGGCCAAUGUGGGAGGAGUGAAAAUCCCAUUGACCCCAGCAACGUCAGGUCAACAGAGCCCAAGACUCUGAUACUUCCCAACCAGAUGCGGGAAGAGGAGAACAAGGCAUUGGGAUUGGGAUAUGAACCUGAAUCUGAUAAACUCCGAGUGCUGACGUCAGUGAACUUCUCAAAGAGGCGAGGAAAGAUGAGGACUGGUCUGGAUCUACGAGAGGAUGAGAUCAGAGGCAGCACCCCCGACUCUCUCACCCGAUGCAUGCUGCUGAGUCAGAUUGCAGGGUUCUAUGACCCCAUCGGCCUGGCCUCACCUGCCAAGCAACAAGGAGUGAUGCUCAUAAGAAAGUCCUUUCAGGAAGCAGGAAGAGACCAUCCCUCCAAGGACACCUGGGAUGAUCCUCUUUCGCCACGUCUUCGAGAGGCUGCAAUAAAACUCUUUGAACAAAAUGUGAGGCUUGGCCAAAUUAAAUUCGACAGGAGUCUCACACCCCUUGGAGCUAUAGGUCGCCCAAUGGGGAUUACGUUUUCUGAUGGUAGUGAAGCUUCCUACGGAGCCGUUCUUUACCUACGGUGGGAGACAGAAGAUGGAGUCGUAGUGAAGCUGGUUGAAUCAAAGACCAAGCUCACCCCUCUAGACCAGAAAGGUGAUGUCAUUAAAGCAGAGCUGUGCGGGGCUGUCUUUGCAUCCCGCCUGAAGACAUACUUCGAGAAGCACUGCUACAUCAAGGUCGAUCGGUGGAUCCAUUUUGUCGAUAGUCAGACAAUCCUGGGAGCUAUCCAGAAGGAUAGUUAUGGCUAUCAGACAUUUUUUGCAAACCGGAUUGGAGAAAUCCACAAGGCCGGAUCAGUGGAUAGCUGGAGGUGGGUCGAAGGAAGACAGAAUGUCGCUGACCUCCUCACAAGAGAAGCAUCCCCUGAGGAGCUUGCUGAAGGAUCAGUCUGGCAGGAAGGCCCAGAAUUUUUGAAGUUGCCUGAAUCAGAUUGGCCUGUGAAAACUGCCGGUGAGAUCAACCCCUCUGUUGUCGAAGAGAUCGGGGGACUUCGGAGGAAGGCGUUCUCAGCACUGGUUACAAUAGGAGCCCAGCCCAGGAAAUGGUCAGGCCCAACCAGUGUUGCACUUGUGCGCCUUGUGGACCCCCGAAGGUUCAGUUCACUGGCACGAUUAUGCGGGACCAUCGCUUGGAUGAGACAAGCAGUAGAAAUCUGGCUAGGCAACAGCCCUGCCCCAGUUCGGUCAAAGUGGGAGGCAAGACCAUACCUGUCUGUGGAAAAAAGAGCAACAGCUUUCAAAGAUCUAGCUCUCGAAGCUCAAGAUGGUGUCGAGUUCCGGGACACAACCUUGGAUCGCCUAGUUGUUCAGAAGGAGGAAAAGACAGGACUCUUGCUCUGCGGAGGGAGAAUCCAACGCUGGAAUGAGGAUAGAGUGGCUGUACCGCUAAUCCCAUGCCAAUCGUGGCUCGCUACCCUACUGUACCCUACUACAUACACGAAGUAAGAGCAUGCACAUCCCAUACCUCGCAUACCCGGGCAGUACACCACACACCUGCCAAAGGGAUGUGAUUGACUUGGACAUUGGACUAAGCUGCUCCUCCAUCGGUCGUGCCUUCAUUAGACACAAAGACAUUGUGCAAAGCAAAGGGCCCUCUUGUGAAAAAAAAAAAAAAAGAAAAAAAAAAGGUGUCACUAAGAGGGGUCCUUUGAGUGAUUUUGUUAAGUUCCCUGGAUCAUAAGAUCAGGAACUUAAGUGGGAGGUGUUGUGUUUUCUGCGGAGUUCGGUCAUUUGUGAGAUUUUUGUUUAAUCCAAUGUUUAUCAAUGUAUAAAAAUUGUAUACAUGUUGCAAAUAGCAGUUUAUAGUGUAGUGCCCCUUUAAGAGGAGUGUCCUGUGAGAAACAUGUGACCGGUGUUUACUAUAAAAAGGAAGUGGGAGAUUCAUUUAAUUUGUAAUGACUUUCAACCCGGUGUGCAGCCACUUGAUUUAUUACCUGGUUAUCCUUUGUGAAAAAAAUAAAAUAAACAAACACAUGUGGAAUACCGAGUAAUAUCCUUUGUACACUGGGUUGCCCUUUCCGUGGGAAGAAAAACGGAACAACCUUAUUGAAGAUGGCAGACCCAGCAAGCCUGGCAAAUCCAUCACCUACUGAAGGUAGGUCAUCAGCAGAAGGAAGAGAGAUGACCUCUCUCAUGAUGCUAAGGAUUCUCCUGCUGACGUUGCGGACGGCUCUGUGUACAGUAGAGCGAGGGAUGGCAAAAGCCCUGGCAACAACUCGAUAUGAUGUGGCACUUGCUAACCAAAACAGGAACAUGAGUGUCUCCAGCACAGGGCCCCAGCCAUGGUCACACUCUUCUCCAGGGCUGUCAUUAAACAAUUGAAUGACCGUCUAGACAGAUGAAAGUCAGGGCGGAGAUCACUAAUGCCAUCAAAAUACACUGCCAGAAUGGGAACAGUGUUGUUCAGCUGGCAGUAUUGGUUUGGUCUCUCUCUCUCUAAAAUUGAAUGACAAAGAAUAUAUUUGAUUGAUGAUCAUGUUAUCACAAAAGGAAUAAAAAAUUAUCUUUACAAUGCGUUUCUUGCAUUAUUUUAGACACCUUGUAAACCUGUCAGCUUUUACAAAAAAUAAACUGAUAUUGACUAAAAUUGGGUCUGUUUUUUAAAAAUAUCUGCUCAGCAUUUAAA